GUUACACAAGCAAGGAGAAGGAUAAUUUUAUAAUAGGAGCGUUUCACAACUUUUACAUAAAUUCGCACGCUCAGCACAUGCGUUCGAGAAAGCAAUUCUGUCUUCUCCUUUGGCUGGUACUACAAUAAAAAUCGUCAACCUGAAAUCAUAGAAUAGAAUAGAUAAUCAUUGACGUCCAUGCCUCACCUUCCAUUUCUGAGACAAAAGCAUCAAAUUGCCUACAUUUGAUUCGACUGACAUCAGUGGGUCGAAAUAACAUUUAUCGCUUUCGGCUAAAUAACACGGAACACCAAAGGAAUGUCAGCAUGUUUGCUUUGACAGCGUAAAUAUCAAUCACGAGCAGAGAGAGCGAGAGCGUCAGAUCUUGAACAACUACAGCGCGCGAAUUUUCGGUCAUUAAAUUCUUCAAGUGGAGGAGGACACAGAAAGGAGUUUGUCGUGGCCAUGGAGUUGAAUUCAGUGCUUUUGACGGCGAGUGGCUCUAUUGGAUUUUUUAAACUUGUCAACUGUGGUGUCAGUAAACUCCCUAUACCCGAGACUGCUUGCAGAAACUCCUGGAAAUGGAGAAAUAUCUGCACAUCUUUCACCCACAGUCUGAUAACUGGGAUAUGGGCUGUACUAUGUUUUUUCGUACACCCACAGAUGGCCGAAGAUUUGAUAGGAACAUAUUCUAUGUUCUCGCACACGUUGGUUUCUGUAUCAAUCGGCUACUUCAUCUAUGACUUCCUUGAUAUGGUGCUCAACCAGAAGAUGAUCCUGUCAUGGGAGCUCCUAUUCCAUCACACAGUGGUGAUCAGCUGUUUUGGCAUCGCUGUCCUGACCGGUCGCUACGUGGGCUUUGCUGUGGUGGCCCUCCUGGUUGAGAUAAACUCUGUGUUCCUCCACCUGCGCCAGAUCUUACGCAUGGCCAACCUAGCGGAGGGCGACCUCUACCGCGUCAACAGUAUGGUCAACCUAGGUACCUACGUGGUGUUCCGGAUCAACACCCUGGCCUGGAUGACCCGCUGGCUGGUUCUGAACCGGGACAACAUCCCCCUGUUCAGCUACACAGUGGGGAGUGUAGGGCUAGCCAUCAUGACCGCCAUGAAUAUAGUGCUCUUCUACCGCCUGCUGAGGUCCGACUUUCUCAAGAGCAGUACACCCACGCCCACGGAUUGUAAAGAGAGUAGAGGGCAAGGAGAGGGAAAGAAGGAGACAUAGGAAGGGAGGGAGGGAGAAGAGAUAAUGGCAGAUAUUGUAUAAUAGCAGAUGUCCUUGAGUAUUCAAGAGGGUGAGGAGGAUGUAUACACACACAAACACACGUACACACACACACACAGAUGCAUAAGACAUCCUGUAGAGAAGCCGGGAGCACGAGGAUGUCAGUCACAUACAAACACACACACACAUGCGCACACACACAUAAAUACACACUUUGUGGCCAAUACACCUUGUACCUUAUGCCUGUACUCUACCUAAGAGAUCUGAGCAAAUACACUUCCCCAUCUCUCUUCUGUUUUGGGGUACAGGCAUUUACCAUUCAUACACACGCUCCAUUGAAUGAUAGCCAAAAAGAGAGAGAUGGAUAUACAAUUCUACUAUUCAUUACAUUUUAUGUUUUAAGUGAGAUAUCUAUAAAAUAGUGUGUGUGUGUGUGUGUGUGUAUACAGCCGUGGUCAAACGUUUUGAGAAUGACACAAAUAUUAAUUU